UGUUACUCAUUACACAUGGUACUAGGACCCUUCACAUAUAAAAAGGUGUGGGGGGAAACCGACGUUCUCCACAUUGUGUUGAGCUUCACACAGCUGUCUCAGCUUCCAGCCACCUUGGUAAAGGAGAACCCAGACCCUCUAGAAAGCAUGGCCUUCAGUGGAACAUGGCAAGUCUACGCUCAGGAGAACUACGAGCAGUUCCUCAAAGCCAUGGAACUCCCAGACGAUGUUAUCAAGAUGGCCAAGGACAUCAAGCCUAUUACUGAAAUCAAGCAGACUGGUAAUGAUUUUGUUAUCACCACCAAAACCCCUGGAAAGUCUGUGACCAACUCCUUUACCAUCGGCAAAGAGGCUGAUAUCACCACCUUGGACGGCAAGAAGCUAAAAUGCAUUGUCAACAUGGAAGGUGGCAAACUGGUCUGCAACACUGGCAAGUUCACCCACAUCCAGGAGCUCAAAGGAGGAGAGAUGAUUGAGACUCUGACCAUGGGCUCAACAACUCUCAUCAGGAAGAGCAAGAAGAUGUAAACUUGGCAGUGAAGAAACCAAUGUCUAUUUAAAUAAAAGUGUUGCUUAAAAAGUG